GACGCCGCCGACCUUGGUCGGUCGGACUCGGCUGGGCCGGUGAGUCUCGACUCUCUCGCUGCGCUGAUCCAUGCGCAGUCCGAGCAACGCCGCAUCGAGAACGCGGACUUGGCUCGGCUGUUGUCAUUCGUGAUCACUCGUCCCGCGCCGGCAGCUGAUAGAGAGGUCCGCCGAGCUGCCCUCGAGGCGACGUCCGUCAGCGAACUCGUGAGCCUCCUUCGCGGUCAGCACCAACCUUCAAGUCAAGCUAGUGACGUCGCUGCACUGAGGGUCGAGCUGGAGUCUGCUCGGACUAUUAACGCUGACUUGACUCGGCGGCUGGAUUUACAGGCGGCUGUGAAGGCCGACCUCGAGGAACGGUUGAAGACUGUCGAGGAGGAGCGUGACCGAUGGAAAGCCGAGUCGAAGAAGUCGUCCCCUCUCCUGACCAGCUUCCAGAAGGCGAUGGCCGAGUCUGAAACUUCCUUGAAGUCGACCCGCAAGUCUCAGGAUGAUAAUGUGAAGUCGGCUCUCGCUCACGCUAAGGAUCUCGGCAGGCAGCUCAGGGAACGCGACUCGGAGAUUGAGCGUUUGACUCAGCUUCUAUCGGCUCGUGACGCCGAGUACGCUGUGCUCCAGGGGAUCUCGACCAAGCACUUCGAGCAACUGCAGGAGUCGGCUCGGCUACUCAUUUCUGGAGCCGCCCAGCCUCUCCGUGAUGCCAAGGCUACUAUCAAACACCAGCGUGAGGUCAUCCUCCGACAGAAGCGUGUCAUUUCUCGCAUGGGCCUUUUACCCAUGCAUGAUCCUCACAUGGCUGCUGCAGCUGCAGCCGGGUUGGACGUGACUGGGUUGAGCCCUGCUGACUUGCAGCUCAAUGCUCGGUUAUGCCGGAUCUUGGCUCAACGUUUCCCGGAGGAGAUGGACAUCCCGGCUGGAGAGACUCGUCGAGUCGAGUUGACCAUCCACCCGCGA